UCAGUGUUGCGGCAACGGGCCAGGGAUAAACAGCUGAGCUGAGGCGUUGCUGGCAGUCCAACACUGAGAGCCCUUGGUGCAGUUUGCCAUUCAUUCUGAUCACAAAAUUACACCACCUGGGCAUCUCUUAGUAGUGAUGGUAUACCAUGACUCACGGAAGGCGUCUUGCCCUGGGCAUCUUCAUUCUUCUGCUAGUGGAUGUCAUUUGGGUUGCAUCUUCAGAACUGUCAGAGUACAUCUUCAAUAACACUGGCUUUGAUAAGCCCUUCUUCAGUACCUACUUAAAGACCAGCAUGUUUUCACUCUACCUCUUGGGUUUUAUCUUCUGGCGACCGUGGCGACAUCAGUGUUCUCACAGCAAUCAUGAUGAACGUAUAUACCAGGAAGUUGAUGCAAAUGAGGAUGAGGGAGAUCCACUUUCUCCUGAAAGUCGACAUUUGGAUCUCCCAAAGUGGAUGUACAUUUGGCAUUUUACCACUGCCAGUUGGGGGAACCUGAGGAGGGAUUAUGCUGAUUUUCCCUGGAAUGAUUACUGUUUUCAUAGGACAGACCUCCCUCCUGCUUCCAUCUUCACUGUGGAUCAAGUUGCCUCCAGUGUUGCCAGAGACACUGAUGAAGGAGCCCAACUUACUCACUUGGUUCUCUGGCGCUACUUACCUAUUGAACAUCCUCAGACUUUUGGCCGCAAAGCACAUCACCAGAGUGAACCAAGCUAUGUUCCACUUAAGUUGCAAGAGUCACAUGAGAAAAGCUCAGAUGGAGAGAGUGAUGACUCUUCUGUCAAGUCCGUCCGUUUCAGUAAGCUGACAGAGGUGCGGCAGAUGUCUGAGUCUGAUGCUGUGGAUGCCAUGUUGUCCCGCCUCUCCUUUUCUGCUUCCAUUCGGGCUGAGCAGUUGGCUCUUCAACAGGCAAACAAGUUGUCUAUUAAGGAAGUUAUGAAAAUUUCAUGCAUUUUUUGUUUACUGUGGUUUGCUGGAAACUAUGCCUACCAGAUUGCUCUAAGCGACACAGAAGCAGGUGUGGUUAAUGUCAUCUCUUCAGCUUCUGGUCUCUUCACUCUUAUUCUUGCUGCCAUCUUCCCAUCAUCAGUUGCAGACAAAUUCACUAUCUCCAAGCUAAUCUCAGUUCUACUUAUGGUUGUAGGAGUGGGACUGAUAAGCCUUGAAGAUAUCAGUUUGGAGGGCAAGAGUGUGCCAGUAGGAGUAAUUUGGGCGCUGGCAGGAGCAGUUCUAUAUGCUUGUUACAUGGUCUUCCUUAAGUGGAGAGUACCUACUGAAGACCAGAUGGAUUUUACCAUGUUCUUUGGAUUUGUGGGUUUAUUCAAUGCUAUCAUCCUUUGGCCUGGAUUUCCAUUGCUGGAUGUCAUUGGCUGGGAACCAUUCCAGUUGCCUAACCUCCAGCAGCUGCUCUACAUGUCUGUAAAUGGUCUAGUGGGUACAGUGCUGUCAGAAUUAUUAUGGUUAUGGGUAGAGAACAGUCUCACCAUGGAGGGGUACUGGUAA